AUGAAAAAGUUCUCCAGCACAAGCCCGAAAGGCUUUGGCAACAGUGAUGAAGGAGGAGAAAAUUUCAAUGAUUUGGAUGAUUCUAAUAAGAAUACAACAACAAUAAUAGCAUCAAAAAGUGGAGAAGAAAUUGCCAUUGAUAAUGAAAGUAUAAUUACAGACGAUACAAAGAAUAGUUAUGAGGAAAAAGCCUUUUUGGAUCAUCAUGAUGUAGAAUUGUCAAUAUCUCCGAAAUCAUCAUCGAUACAAACAGCUACAAUAGGAGGAUAUGCUCUAACAAUUUUGGGAACACAAAUGUUGAAUCAUAUAUUUAAUUCGUAUUAUGUUGAAACAUUUCUAUUUAUUCAUAAUUUACCGUAUAAUUACUUUUAUAUUGGUCAAUUCUUAUUUGCUAUAUUUAAUGCAGUCAAUGAUCCAUUAUUUGGCUAUAUAAGUGAUGAAUUGAUUAAUGAUAAAAAGAAGAGAUAUUCUAGGCAACGAUUAAUGUUAUUUGGAGCUCCUUUUCUUGUCAUUUCAUUCCUCUUACCUUGGAUUCAAAUAAGAGGUUUAUUUGAAGGAGAUCAAAGAACAGGUCUUGGAGAUUUCAUUGCAUUUGUGCAAUUUAUUUGUGCGCUCUUCUUUUGGGAUACAUCAUUUACUUGGCUAGUAUUGAAUCAUUGUGCAUUGUUACCUGAAUUGACUGAAAGUGACAAAGAAAAGGGUAAAAUAAGCACAGCUGUCAGUACUUGCAGUGUUUUGGGUUCCCUCUUUCUCUUGCCAACAUUUAUUUUAUUUGAAAGACCAAGUCAGGAUCAAGGAAAUUCAAAGUACACUGGAAACUUGAACUAUUUUAGAAUUUAUUGCACAUGCUUGGCUGUUCUAUCAUUCUGUAUCAUUUACUUUGGUAAUUAUUUAAUUAAUAGAGGGAGAGCCCAGAGUCUUACUAAUACUCCAGUUGUUGCAAGUGAAGUAAGCGAUGAGGAAGUCCCUGAAGCUCCAGAAACCAGAUUUACAUUCAGGCAUUUGUUGUAUAUUAUCAAAAAUUAUUUAUUGGACUUUUUCUCAAUUUUCAAACAAUUAAUUUCUCUCAAGAAUUUUGAUUUGUUUGUGGCUGUGAACUUUUUGAAUAUUUUCUCUGUUGCAUUAUUUGACUCAUUCAAAGUAAGAUAUAUUAGAAAUUAUGUACAACCAUGGAUGGAAGAUAACUUUUCAUUAUUUACCAGUGGUAAUAUGGCCUCUAUUUACUUGACUGUUACAACUUUUACAAGUGAAUCAUGUGCUGUGCUUAAUAGUUAUCUUAGUAUUAGAUUCCCUGCUUAUUCAUUAUUAAGAAAUACUUUCAUAUUGAGAUGUGUGAUUAGUAUUAUCUGUCUCAUUGCUGUUGCCAUUACAGUUCAAGAAAGAAUUAUUGGAUCAGCACUUCCAGUACUGUUCCUAUUUUGCAACAUGAUUAUUUUAGGAAGUGUUGGUAGAUUGUUGGAAAUUGCUUUGAGUAAUGUUGUGGAUGAGGAUUAUGUCGUUUUCAAACGUAAAGAAAAGAAUAGUGGAAACACAUUUGGUAUUAAUGCAUUGUUGACUAAACCUGCCUAUUCCCUUGCUCCAUCAGUUGCUGCUCUCUUUGUGAAUCAAGAUAAGGUUGAAUCAGGAGCAUCAACACUCUUCUACUUGUUUGUUGUUGGAAAUUUGGUUUGUGCAGCUCUGCAAUUGGUAUUUUGGAAAUUCUACUCCCUCAAAGGUCAACAACAAACAACAAACAAUGCAAACUCUAGAGAAUCAUCAGCAGCUGAGAAUUGUCAUUAA